AUGGCGCCGCUCGCCCCUGCCGCCGCCGCACCUCCCGCCCGCCGCCCGCCGCCGGCAAGCAUGCUUGAUCCUGGCGGCGGCGGGAGCUUCAUUGCCGAUCACUCUCUUCUCGCAGCAUGCGCCAUCUUCCUCGCCGUCAAGCUCGGCCUCGACCUCUUCUCUUCUCCUGAGGCCUUCCUGAGCGAGCUGGACGAGGGCGCGGCCGCCGAAGGCAAAUCGCGCGGCUUCGGCUGGCUGCAGGCGGACCUGCGGAUGCCGCUGCCGCCGUGGGCAGAGCUGCAGGAGGCCUGCCACCUUGUCGGGACACACGGGGGCAAGUACAUGUACCUCUGCGCUUCGCGCGACAUGGGCUACGACGGCUGCAAACAGUCGAGCGAUUUUUCCGACUAUUAUGGCAAGCCCGUCUACGUUUGCUCGGGUGGCGAGGUGGGCGGGCGGUGA